AAAAGAUACUGUAUUGUUGCAUUCUCAACAAAUAAACACUUUUUUUUUUUCAAUUCGAAAAUAAAAUCACGUAAAUAAUUCAGCCAAGCGACUUGUUAAUUUUAGGUUAUAUUGUUAUAUUUAAUAGUCGAGAUUCACUAUUUCUUUCUUCAACGUUGUGUUUCUUUCAAUCCGGUUUUUUUUUUUUUUUAACUAAAUGAGAAUUUAUAAAUGAUUUUAUGGAUCAGUAAAAUAAGUAAAGCUACUCCCAGAGUUCCCCUACUUAACUAACUAGAGGCCAGAGGGAGUAUUUUAUUUUCAACUAACUGACACAACCACCCCCUCUCUCUCAAAGCAAAAGUCACUUUCUCUCUUCCAUUCUCCCUGAAAAAGCCAUGAAGAAUCUCAAACGAGGAGGGCUUGCCUGUUUUUUUGUUAUUGUUUCCAUCUGCUUCUUCAUCUAUCCACCUGGAUUCCCACCUUUUCAGGGAUCAUUUCAAGCUUAUGCUCAAGAAGCUGGAUUUUUUGGCGAAGUCUUUCACGUUCCUGAGGCUUUUGAUCCUGAUUAUGAGGAAAUGGAGAGGAAAUUCAAGAUCUUCGUGUAUCCACAUAAUACUAGUUCCUGUAGUAAUCCAAGGACGCUUGAUGGCGAGUAUGGGAAUGAAGGAUUGUUCUAUCUGAAUCUCAAUCUGAGUCGCUUCUUGACCAAAGAUCCUGAGAAGGCUCACCUCUUCCUCAUUCCUAUUUCUUGCCAUUCACUGCCUGCAGGGAGAUCAGAGGAUGAAAGGGCUAUUGCUGUUGAGGAUUUUGUCAAGAGCCUCAUUUCCAAGUACCCUUAUUGGAACAGAACUUUAGGUGCCGAUCACUUCUUCGUAACUUGCGUAGACAUUAAUGUGACUGCUACUGCACGAAUUGCUAAUCUUAUGAAGAACUCAAUUAAAGUCAUGUGUACUCCAAGUUAUAAUGAUGAAUAUGUUCCUCAUAAGGAUGUUUCCCUCCCACAACGCGUGCCGCCACUUGCUCUUACUCCUGCUGGAAAUAACAUAACGAACAGGAUUACUCUAGCUUUCUGGAGAGGUCUCAAUAAUUCUGAUAUAAGACAGAAGCUGCUUGAGGCUUGGGAGAAUGAUUUAGAACUUUUCAUACAGAAAGGAAGGAAACCUAGUUUAGAACAAGGAGAUUUGGUGCACCAUGAGGCUUUCAAUAACUCUAAGUAUUGCAUUUGUCCUGGAGGCCCAGAGCUCGAUCGUACUAUAGCAUUAGCAAUUCAUUACGGAUGUGUUCCAGUUAUCAUGUCUGACUACUAUGAUUUACCAUUCAAAGACAUUCUUGACUGGAGGAAAUUCUCCAUAAUACUCGAGGAAAGUCAAGUCUAUUACCUAAGGGAACACCUUAAGGAGAUGUUAGAGCAUGAAUAUCGAGCCAUGCAGACCAACACCGUCAUGGUCCGGAAGCACUUUCAGUGGAAUCUAGUUCCAGCCAAAUAUGACGCGUUUCAUAUGACCAUGUAUGACUUGUGGCUGCGCAACCAUUUUACCAAGUAUUACUGACUGAGUUGCUGCAACUUUCGCUCCAUAAAGAUGAACCUUAAUUCUCUCUCCACUCAAUUUCUCAAAUACUGACAUAUAUGUGAUGUAUAAUAUCACUCAAAUUGCUUCUGUAUUUCUCAAAUAUUGACAUAUGAUAUGCAGAUGUAUAAUAUCACUGUUGCUACUUUUCAAA